AUGACUGAAGAUUUAUUAUCUAAAGAAAAAGGAUUUCAUCAGUUAAAUAAAGAACUUGAGCAAAAGGCAUAUAAUUUAAUGACAAAAAUAAAUUGUGUUGUUAACACUUAUAAUAAUGGAUAUUCAAUUUCUAAUUUGAAAAAACAUCAAAUAAAUGUGUCCCAAGAAAAAACAAGUUCAAAUAGUAUAAUAAUGCAAAAUGAAUAUAAUUUUCAAGUUCCGGUUAAACGAAAUUCAUCGUUACCACAUAUUUUCAAUCAAUUUUCAACUUCAAAAUUAAAACUAGAAGGAUUACAGAAGGAUAACGAAGAUGAUAUUUUUAAACAAAAAAAUCUAGCAAGUAAAACUGUUUUUAAUUUCUUAAAAGCUAAAAUAGAUAUAUUACAUAAUGAGCUGCAAACAAUGCGUAUUGAAUAUAAAAGAAAGAAUGAUAUUUGUAAAAAUUUAGAAUGUGAAAGUAAGAAAAUUGAAAUUAAGUUGAAGACUGAAAUAGAAUCGUUAAAAGAAACAGUUACAAAAUUAGAAAAUACUAACAAGGAAAUACAAUGUCAAUCACAGGCAUUACAUGUAGAAAAUUUAAUUUUAAAAAAAGAUUUGGAUAGACUUCAAAAGCAAAUAAAAAUAACAAAUCAUCAAUCUAAUAGUUGUAUCAUAAGAUUAAAUAGAUCUUUAGAAAACAAUGAUAAACUUAAGAAUGCAUUGAAAUAUUCUGAAGUAGAAGAAAAGGAAUUGAAAAUUCAAAUUAAAGAUCUACAAGAGGAAAAAAAAUUAACAAUUAAUCAUUUGCGAAAACAACUUUCAGAAUUAAUACAAGUGUUUAAAAAACAAAUGUUAAUUGUAGAUAACUUAAAGAAGCAAAAUGCAUGCUUACUGGCAGUUGGACAACUAAAAUUAGCAAAAGAAGAUUUUUCAAGAUUAUUGGAUCAGAAACCUGAAAAUUUAUAAUAUAUAUUAUAUAUAAAACAUUUAUUAAAUGUAUGUAACUACUGCAAUACAUUGCAAAAGAUGGAAUAAUUUCAUUUCAUAGCCAUACAUUUUAUACAAUUUUAUAUUACAUGAUAUUAUAUAUCCUUAAUAAUAUUUUUUAUGAAAAA